GCGUAUAGGGGGGAAAAAUGCUCGCACCGAGGUGUCCAGCUUUCAUCUAGCUUGUUAGGGUUCGUUGUGUGUAACACGUUCUGUGCUGACUGUGUUUAUAUACCAGAAAGUGGACUCGCGAUGUGGAGUAUCGUGUGGUACGGAUUGUAUUUCUAGAGGAUUUACUUACCUGUGUUCUGUAUGAAUUCUCCGAAGUGUUCUUUGGUAAACAAUGAAAUAUUAAGUCAUGCAAUAUGGUGUAGGAGGCAGGCCAUGGGGGAAAGGGGUGAGUGUGCUGUUUCUUGUGGUCAUUUUCAGCACCCAGGUGUACACCACAUUUACCUGUCCUAAAGAUUGUUUCUGUGCACCCCACAGUAAAAAUGUUCAGUGUGCGAAUAAAAAUUUUGUUCAGAUCCCGGAGGAGAUUCCCGUGGAAACUCUGGAGCUGAAUUUAAAUGAGAACAAAUUUAAAAGCCCUUCACUGAUACGACGUAACUUCACUCAGUUGUACAAGCUACAGAACCUGUAUUUAAGUGACUGUGGUAUAGAGACUAUAGAUGUGGAUACAUUUGCAGACUUGAACCAGCUAACAUGGCUGGACAUUAGUAAAAAUAAAAUUCGCUUUCUAGCCGACCAUACUUUUCGAGGUCUGAAUCUGAAACAUCUGUUUAUCAACGAUAACCCAGACAUCCAGUUAUCUCUAGGGGCUUUCGCUGGCAUGACAACACAAGGACUGUACAUGCAUAACUGUGGACUGAAACGACUUUUUGUUGACUUAAUGACACCUUUAAACUCAUCUUUAAAAACGUUGUGGCUGCAUGAAAAUCAGUUCGAAGCAUUGAGCGAGAAAUGGCUUUACUUCUUUAGAAGACUCGCCCACAUUCGACUUGGAAAAAAUGCUUUUCACUGUAAUUGUCAAAUCAAGUGGCUGUAUACAUUUUACAAAAACUCUAAAAAUUCCAUAUUUGCUGGCGCCGAGCAGCCUGAAUGCGGGAGUCCACGUUUAGUACAAGGAAAAUACUUCGAUGAAAUAACAGAAGAAGACUUUCGCUGUGAGCUGCCAACAUUUCAAAACGUCGAUGCCAUCUUUGACACUAAAAUGGGAAAAUUAACAUGCCAGGCUUCUGGAGACCCAGCCCCCACAUUAUAUUGGAUACGGCCAGACGGCACCACUGAGACCUAUUAUCCACAGGUCGACAGUAAAGAAAACAGCGGGGUGAUGUUUAUGACCGAUGUCAAACUGGAGAAUAAGGAUCUGUACAAGUGCGUGGCCAGUAACCCAGCAGGGAACGUCACAUUCUCGCUCAACGUCGUCUGGCCAGACCUCCGGCUAGCACUCACUCCUAAACCUGGCAAGCUGGCUACCACAAAUAUCAUUCGAGAUGACAGCACCAGCGCUCCGGUCAAAAAGACUUACAAGAACUACGCAGGCGAUGAUGCGCACGCUUACGACUGGGCUAAUCUUAACUCUGAAAGCAGCAAAUUAAAACUUCAGGAGAAACCUGGACCUGUUGUGAAUAAGAAGGAUAAGGACCACUCUUUUGGUAUAGUGGAUAUUAUUGGUGCUGUAAUAGGCACUUUUCUAUUAACUCUACUUGUGAGCCUAACAGCCUUCCAUCUGUACUAUAAACAGCGUGAGAGGCGGGAGGAGCACUACUCAGUGCCUGAUGAGCUCAAGUGUACAGCACAUACUGUGUACAUCAUGAAUGAACCCGAGGAAAAUAGAAUCAAAAUGAUCAACCCUCUUAAUACAUCAGAUAUACACUCUUAAUAUACUCAUAACACAUCAGAUAUACACUCUUAAUAGACUCAUAACACAUCAGAUAUACACUCUUAAUAGACUCAUAACACAUCAGAGAUACACUGUCAUUAUACUAAUGUAACAUGAAUAAUACAUCUUAAUACAACCAGAACACAUCACAUACAUGUAAAUACAUGCAUAACACAUCAAUUAUAUACAUCUCAAUACACUCAUAACACAUCAGAUCUGCAAUGUUAUUAUACUAAAGUAACAUCAAUAAUACAUCUUAAUACAAUCACAACAAUCAUUUAUACAUUAAAAUACACGCAUAGCAUACAUCUCAAUACACUCAACACAUCAGCUAUUCAUCUCAAUAAGAUCAUAACACAUCAUAUAUACACUCUCAAUACACUCAUAACAUAUCAGUUAUACAUCUUAAUAUACAUCAUUUAUAUUAUCUGAAUACACUAAUAACAUUUGUUAUAUAUCACAACACAUUUCUGACACAUCAGCUAUACAUCUCAAUACGAUCAUGACACAUCAUAUAUACACUCUCAAUACACUCGUAACAUCAUUUAUAUUAUCACAAUACACUCAAAGCAUCUGUUUUUAUAUAUCACAAUACCCUCAUAACAAAUCAGUUAUUCACUUUAAUACCUUGCUAUCUUUGACUACACACUCGUUAUACUUUCAUCCACUACUUUUUAGUCUACCGUUGACUGUAUAUAAACAUUGAUUUGAUUUGGAAAACAUAAAGUCAUGAUGUGAUGUGUGGCUAGAAUUACGUACAAGUCAAGAUGUGCUGUGUGGCUAGAAUUACGUACAAGUCAAGAUGUGCUGUGUGGCUAGAAUUACGUACAAGUCAAGAUGUGCUGUGUGGCUAGAAUUACGUAUAAGUCAAGAUGUGCUGUGUGACUAGAAUUACGUAUAAGUCAAGAUGUGCUGUGUGGCUAGAAUUACGUACAAGUCAAGAUGUGCUGUGUGGCUAGAAUUACGUAUAAGUCAAGAUGUGUUGUGUGGCUAAAAUUCUCUAUUUACUUUGACAUCUUGGUCUUUAAAAUGGCCUUAACAAUUCACAUUUUUGUUUGGUGCACAUCUCAGUGUGUGAUUGCCAAAUACUUUCCAAUACAGACCUUCUCCAUGCAUUUAGUUGAGAUAUUCAGAAAGUGAUUUCAUCAUAGUUUCUCUAAAAAGCUUGAUUUAUUUAACACGGACCCAGUUUCACUGCUACAUUUAGUAAACAGCAGCUAAUUCUUGGAACAACACUGACCCCCCCCCCUCACCUUGCAACUGAUGGACGUCCCUAGUUGAGUCAUUCUGACACAGACAUUUGUGAUGAAAAUGUUUAUAAAUAUUUACAAUUUUGAACAAACAAAUAUUACAUCUAUUAUUGAUUCUAUAUAUUUCUAUACCUGUAUAUUUCAUGACAGUUCUCUAUCUGAUGUUUGUAUUGUAUCACUCAAUGUCUAUGGGAAUAUUUUGUUUGUUUCUUCAUUGUAUUCUCCAGUACUGUUUGACUCAGUUUGUGAUAUUCUUGAAUUAAGUGACUUGAAUUGGACCAAAAAUUCUAUGGGUGCUACUUUAUUAUGGCUUUUGAGUUCAACACAUGACAUUAGCUCAUUUCAGUUUUAUUCUUAACAUUAAUGAACAGGGUAGUUUGUGUAAUUAGGUUGGUGUUUUUUUUCUCUUUAAUUUGAAAUCCUAACUUACGUACAUAGACAGUAACUUUCUUUCUUUUUUCAUGUGAACAGUUUUAUCUUCACUUCUGCUCAGAAUCGGUUUGUCUAAACUCCACUUGGGAGUUCUAAAGCAGCUCUUAGCGGUCUGGUAUUAUCUGAAGGAGUUCGUUUCAACCACUUCUCUACAUGGCUUACUGUUCCACUGACCUAACCUGACCCCAGCUUGAACUGACCUGAUGACAAAAUCCUAGCACUGCGUAACAUUCUAACACUUGGUUUGCGUUGGGUGGGGGGAAGUGAUUGACCGAACAAAACUCUUCAUAGUUGUCAACAAUUGACAAUCAAGUUGAUGGAUGUAAGAUUUAGACGCACACAUUUCGACGCUCACAGAUUUAAUACAAAGAAUAUACUGAGUUAUUAAAAGUUGUCGACAGAACACAAAGAAUAGACUAGAUCUUGUGUUGCCAAUUUGUCUUCACAAAACAUACUAGGUAUAAAUGGGUAUAAAUGUUGUUGGUUUUUGUGUGUGUGUCCAGAUACUAAAUAAAUCUAAUAAAAAUAUAUUGUCAAGUGUUUCAGGUCUAUUGAAACCAUUUUAGCAGCUAGAAAAACUAGUAAUGAGUCGAUUUUUUUGAGAGUAGUCAUAAGAUAACUCCUAGUGAAGUGGAAGUGACCUAGUUAUUGCCAUUCACGCCUGCUCUUUGAAAAGGAAAUAAGUCGACACAAGCCACUAAGGCGAGGUAUACUUGAGCUGAGGGGACUCCCUAUAGAUUUGUAUGUGUCUGUGUGGAGACAUUGAUUUGAAUUCACUACUAGCUAGGAUCUCCUGUCCUCUCUCUUCUAAAAGUGUUUUUAUUCUGUGCUGAACUAUUUGACGUGUAUGGAUCUUUUGUAUUCACUGAGUGCUGAGAGGAGGUGUGCUUGAAAUAAGGAGGGUGGAAGGGAGGAAACUUUGCUUAGAAGAUAGAGUAGUGUUUCCUGGGUUAACAUUGAUAUGACUAUAAUUAGCACAGGGUUCAGCAUGUGGUUUAUAAAAGUGGUCAAAGGGGUUUUGAUUAUUGAUUUGGUAAUUGUAUAGUUUGUACUACCUUUGCAACAACAGAACCAAUAGAUCUCGAUGUGUGAAUGAAAGACUUGUAUGUGCUGCAUUCAAAGUUUAAAAAAAAAAUCUGCUUUGAAAUGGCGAUUACAUUUUGUCUUCUGUACUAACCAGUUGAGCCAUAGUCAAUCAACUCUAUUUAUUUUUCCAGAGGAAUAUUUGGAACUGUUUAAUUUUGUAUCCCACCAAUGGAUCGGUGUGUGAGGGGAGUGAUGUGGGAGGGAAUGACGUGGGAACUGGAGCCAGGCUGAUUCUUGCCAUUUAGGAAACAUUAGCUAUUGAUUGGGGCAUUCAUUAGUUGUUUGUUUGUUUGUUUAGAAUGUCGAUAUUUUCGUUCAUGUUUUGUAACGAAGGUAUUGCAUCUAGUUAUCUAAAUGUUUCCCACAGUCUAAACUCACAUUCAGUUGUUUUUUUAAAUACUUUCUUAAGUGCCUCUGGUGUGUCCCAGACUUCACACCAUUAUUGGUUAGACAAUGUCACGUGGUUUCUUACGAAACUCAAAUGAUUUAUUUCGACAUCAUUUAGAC